CUCUGUAUCUGGUUGUUGUUGAAGCACUUUGAGGCAACCUCUAGGAAGUGAUAUAAUUGUUCAUUUGCGGUGUUUUAUGUUGGUUCAUAUGAUGAAAUUGUAAAAUGGCUGGAUAAUUUCUCGUGUCUUUUACUUUUUGAGCACUGCUACUUGAAAAUGCGCCGACUACUUCGAGUCAGUUUAUUUUCGCAAGUUGUCAAUUCACUGCGUGGAAGUGUGUGGCGUAAUUGUCUAGCAAAGCAGGAAGGGGAAAAUGCUCGCACUCUGAGUGAACGCUUGGGCUGGAGUGACUGGUCGUUUGUGUUCUCAUGAUUUGAAGAAUUUGCUUCAAAUCAGUAUUGCAAAUACCAUAAGUUCUUAUCUUAGGGAUUUGCACUGGUAUUGGGACCCUUUCUGAGCCCUAAGUAUAUGUGGAGCUGGGCAUGUUCGAGGAAUUGUUUCUUAGAUGUUGUCACGUUCAUGGCAGUAGGAACUUUUGUAUCAUAGAGGGACCUGAAACAGUUGAAGGUUUUGCAAAAAUGGAACUGCAAGAAAUUCAAGAGAACAUUCGAAGUCGUCGGAACAAAAUUUUCUUGCAUAUGGAAGAGGUUCGUCGGCUGAGGAUACAGCAGAGAAUAAAAAAUGCUGAACUUGGAAUUUCAAAGGAAGAGCGAGAAAACGAACUACCCAAUUUUCCAUCAUUCAUUCCAUUUUUACCCCCCCUGACUUCAGCGAAUCUGAAGCUCUACUAUGUUACAUGUUCUUCUCUAAUUAUUGGCAUAGUGCUAUUUGGAGGCCUAUUAGCACCCACGCUUGAGCUGAAGCUGGGACUAGGAGGCACAUCAUAUGUAGAUUUUAUCCGUAGUAUGAAUCUUCCAAUGCAACUAAGUCAGGUUGAUCCGAUCGUGGCAUCUUUCUCCGGAGGAGCAGUCGGGGUGAUCUCGGCGCUAAUGGUUGUUGAAGCAAACAAUGUAAAGCAACAGGAGCAUAAAAGAUGUAAAUACUGUCUUGGCACUGGAUACUUGGCCUGCGCUCGCUGCUCAAACACGGGAGCUCUUGUGCUGACCCAGCCAGUAUCAACCUUAAGUGGUGGAGAUCAGCCCUUGUCGCCACCAAAGACUGAAAGAUGCCAAAAUUGUUCGGGGUCGGGAAAGGUUAUGUGCCCUACAUGCCUUUGCACUGGUAUGGCAAUGGCAAGCGAACACGACCCACGAAUAGACCCCUUUGAUUAGACUUCGGUUUUGCAUAGUCAAAUAUAUAUGUGUAUGUAUGUAUAUAUCUAUAUAUGCAUCAGAACUUUGUGUGCGGAGGACUUCACACUCCUUGAAGGGAUAGAGAAAUGUAAUCCCUUACCUUUUUGUACGAUGUAACUGUAUCCGAGCUAUAUUUCAUGUUGGAUUGAGCAUUGGUCUGGAUGUUAUAACUGUACCUUCUAGGGAAAUUUCUCAAGUUUUGAUUAAUGGUUCAUUGAAUCUAA